AUGCGCGCCGUGCAUCUGCGCGGCGACUGGUUUGACACACCGGCCGCCGUCAAGGCCUACGUCCAUGUCCUUGGCGAGUUUGACGCGACCGGCAUGUGCGUCGUCGACAACGACCACGGCAUGCUCAUCCUGCACCCGGACCAGCUUGUUUCUGCGACCAACGUUGCCGAAUCCUUUGACUGCACGCGUCGUGCCGUCCUCAAGGACCGCGUCAAGUCGGCCAGCGACGCCAGCCCGCCCCUCGUCUACGGCACGCUGCUGCACGAGAUCUUCCAGGAGGCACUCAUGAGCAACCAGUGGACCGGUCCCUUUGUACGCACUACCAUCGACUCCGCCAUCCAAAAGCACCUCGAGGAUCUCUACAUUGUCAAGCUUGAUGUGCCCACGGCCCGCGAGUAUCUCUUAACCCGCACCCGCGAGCUGCAGUGCUGGGCCGAGCUCUUUGUGGCACCGAAGCCAAAGCCCGGUGCAAAUGCUGCAGGCCGCAAUGGUGAAAAAGUCAACAUGUGUGUGAGCAAGUUGCUAGAUGUCGAGGAACACGUCUGGUCGCCCAUGUACGGCCUCAAGGGCAACAUCGAUGCCACGGUCCAAGUCACCAUGAACGUCGGCAGCGACAGCAAGACUCUCACGGUGCCCUUUGAGCUCAAGACGGGCCGCAACGCCACGGCGGCGCACCAGGCACAGACCGUGCUGUACAACCUGCUGCUGUCCGACCGCUAUGACAUUGAGAUUGUGUACGGCAUUCUUUACUAUACGGAAAACUCGCAGAUGAUGCGCAUCCCGGCCAUCCGCAACGAACUGCGCCACAUGAUUAUGAAGCGCAACGAGCUUGCCUGCCACACCCGCGAGAGCAGCGUCCAGUUGCCGGACAUGCUGCGCAAUCGCAACGCCUGCGGCCGUUGUUUCGCCCAGACCUCGUGCUUCGUCUACCACAAGCUCGCCGACGAAGGCACGGCCGAGACCAGCGGCAUGGGGGACAAGUUCAACGAGAUUGUCGGCCACCUCACGCCGAAGCACCGCGACUUCUUCUUGAAGUGGGACGACCUGCUCACCAAAGAGGAAAUGGUCGGCCUCAAGGUCCGCCGCGAGCUGUGGACCAUGGUCAGCGCCGAGCGCGAGAAGCUCGGGCGCUGCUUUGCCGACGUCAUCAUUGAGCAGGGCUCCGCGUACGAGGAGGCCGGCAGCAGCAAGGUCAACCGGUUCCACUACACAUUGGUCAAGGAGCACCCGACGCCGGGCUUUUCGUUUAUGGACUCGCAGCUGGCCGUCGGUGACCCCAUUGUCGUGUCGGACGAGGACGGCCACUUUGCGCUCGCCAUUGGGUUUGUCAUGGCCAUUCGCAAGCAGCGCAUGGACGUCGCCGUCGACCGCCGCCUACACAGCGCCCGCAUCCGUGAAGACGGCUUCAACGAGAAGACGAACCAAGUCUUUGCGGGGAUCAUGGAGGCGGGCGCCGGGCCAAGGAAGCGAAUCGGUAUCGAGGAGAACUAUGGCGGGCGCUCGCGGCUGGGCGACGACCACAACGGCAGCCACAAUGCCCAUGCCGUCCGCUACCGCGUGGACAAGGACGAGUUCAGCCAAGGCAUGUCCACCGUGCGCAACAACAUUGUGCAGAUCAUGGCGGGCCACCGCGUCGGCCUGCGCGAGAUUCGCCAGCUCGUUGUCGACCUCGUUCCGCCGCGCUUCAAAGCGGCCCCGACACAGUACGUGCUGGACGACGGCGACGGCACCGAUGCGCUCAACGUUGACCAGAAGCGCGCCAUAGCCAAGGUCAUGAGCGCCCAGGACUACGCCCUCGUGCUGGGCAUGCCGGGCACGGGCAAGACGACGACGAUUGCACACAUUAUACGCGCGCUCGUCAGCCAGGGCAAGAGCGUGCUGCUGACCUCGUACACGCACACGGCCGUCGACAACAUCUUGCUGAAACUGCGCCACGCGCAGACGCCCAUCCUGCGCCUCGGCGCCCCGUCCAAGGUGCACCCCGACGUGCGCGACUUUGCCAUCCUGGCAGCCGAGCCCAAGGCGAGCCUCGAAGACAUCCGCGCGGCGUGGCACGACACGCCGAUCGUGGCGACGUCGUGCCUGGGUAUUGGGCAUGCCCUCUUCAACGAGCGCAUGUUCGACUACUGCAUUGUCGACGAGGCCAGCCAGAUUACGCUGCCCAUCUGCUUGGGCCCCAUCCGCAUGGCGCGCACGUUUGUGCUCGUGGGCGACCACAACCAGCUGCCACCGCUGGUGCAGAACGAGGAGGCGCGCGUGGGCGGGCUGGACAUUUCGCUGUUCAAGCUGCUGUCGGACACGCACCCCGACUCGGUGGUGAAUCUGGAGCACCAGUACCGCAUGAGCGAAGACAUUAUGGCGCUGAGCAACACGCUCAUCUACCAGGGGCGCCUCAAGUGCGGCACCGAGGCGCUGCGGACGCGCACCCUGCAUGUGCCCGACAUGGCGCGCCUGCACCAGCACCAUCACAACGCCCGCUCCAUGGCGCGCCUGACGCCCGGCAGCAGCUUUUGCACCAUGGGCGGCAGCAGCGCGGCCUGCUGGCUGCGCGAUCUCGUGCGGCCGGAGACGCGCGUGGCCUUUGUCAACACGGAUUCGAUCGACGGCAGCCGCGAAGAGGCCAAGGGCAACCGCAUUGUCAACCCGUGCGAGGCGCGCCUGGUGACGCAACUCGUCGAGGCGCUGCUGACGGUCGGGAUCCCUGCGUCGGAGAUUGGUGUGAUGACGCACUACCGCUCGCAGCUGGCCCUGCUGAAGCACCAGCUGCGCGGCGUCAAGGCCAGGGGCAGCGACAUUGAAAUGCACACGGCCGACCGGUUCCAGGGCCGCGACAAGGAGGUCAUUGUCCUCUCGCUCGUGCGCAGCAACGAGUCCUGCAGCAUCGGCGAUCUGCUCAAGGACUGGCGCCGCGUCAAUGUGGCGUUUACGCGGGCCAAGACCAAGCUGCUGGUCGUCGGCAGCCGCAGCACGCUCCAGGGCACUGGUCGCGUGGAGAGGGACAAAAAGGAUAAAAAGGAGCGGAUGGACAGAGACUUGCACAAUGGCGAGACCGGCGAGGAGAUGCUGGCGCGCUUUGUGCGUCUGAUGGAAGAGCGCCGCUGGAUCUACGACCUGCCUGCCGACGCGCUCGACAACCACCUGUUUGAAGAGCUGCCGGCGACCCAGGCGGCAUCGGCCUCUCUGGAUGCGUCCCUUGGAGCCGAGAAGGGCAUGAUGGGCUAUGGCGGCGGCGCGCGCUUCCCCGGCAAGGACGACAACUACAUCCAGACGACGCGGUCUAUGCCGCCGCACCCUGUGGCGCGGAUACAAGCGCAGAAACCGUUCAAAAAGGUCGGUCCGGCGACCGCAAAAUCACCAAGUCGCCAGGGCAUCGUUCCGUCCGCCGGCAAAGAAAACGCCCGACCAGGGCUUCUGCAGCCCGGCAAGCGGGUCGGUAGGGAUAAAGAGGCCCUGCUGAAAGGACGGCCCGUGCUGCAGGGCAUUCUGAAUGACAUGAUGGGCGGAAAGCAUCCGACAUAA